AUGCUGCCCUGCCCUAUUUCCUUUCUGCAUUUUUUACUCCUAAAGCCGGCUAUCGCUCCUACGAUCGAUGAGCAACUGAACGCUUGGGACCAGUGUAGUCUGGUAUUUUUGAUUCUUCUCUGCACAGCGAUUGGUUGCAUUUUUCUGGUGCACUUCCUACUUAUUUGUUUCAAAUGGGCAACAAAGUACACAGGUGUGCUUGACCGUGUUACUGAUCCCGAGGGCGAAGCCGCGACCCAGGCUGCCAUGUGGAAUGAAACAUGCCUGAACACUUUUACCCCCGACUAUGUGUGGUAUACGAACUUCAAGCCGCAGGGCUUCGAAUUUGAUAUGGAGGUACACAGAGAAUACCAGAAAAUGGAGGAAAUUCUCUACAAACUUUCUCAUGCUUAA